UGGGAGUGAAUAAUUCGCCUGGGAGCUCUGGCGCCAAGGGAACCUACUCUUUCUCGCUAUUUGCUGCUGUACGUUUCUCAUUUCUUUUCAACUCCUUGUCUAACCAGAAACCCCAGCAAAAGCAGACAUGGCUCGCAACGAAGAGAAGGCUCAAUCGAUGCUCAAUCGAUUCAUAGCCCUAAAAGAACAGGAAAAGAAAAAACCCAAAGAACGUCGCCCUUACCUCGCCUCCGAGUGCCGCGACCUCGCCGAGGCCGAUAAAUGGCGUCAGCAGAUUAUGAGAGAGAUCGGUCGCAAAGUCGCUGAAAUCCAGAACGAAGGCCUUGGUGAACACCGUCUUCGUGACUUAAACGAUGAGAUUAACAAGCUAAUUCGAGAAAAAUCUCAUUGGGAACGCCGCAUCGUUGAGCUCGGCGGCCCUAACUACGCGAAACACGCCCCUAAAAUGACGGAUUUAGAGGGCAACAUAGUUGACGUACCUAACCCUAGCGGGCGUGGCCCUGGGUACCGGUACUUUGGUGCCGCUAAGAAGUUACCAGGAGUUCGAGAACUAUUCGAAAAGCCACCGGAAUUGAGGAAAAGGAGGACUAGAUAUGAUAUUUAUAAAAGAAUUGAUGCGAGUUAUUAUGGGUAUAGGGAUGAAGAGGAUGGGGUUUUGGAGAAAGUAGAAGUGCCUGCGGAAGAGAGGAUGAGGGCCGCUGCCGUGGAGGAGUGGAUGAGGAUGGACGAAAUAAGGAGGGAAGCCAGGAAAGGAGCAAAGGAGGUGGUGAGCGUUGGGGCUGUGGCAACAGAGGUGUUGUUUGAGGAGGAAGAGGAUGUGGUGGAGGAGGAGAGGAAGAGGGAGAGGGAAAAGGAAGGAAGGGAAAAGGAAGAAAAGGAGAGAGAGUUUGUGGUCCAUGUGCCAUUGCCAGAUGAGAAGGAGAUUGAGAGGAUGGUGCUGGAGAAGAAGAAGAUGGAGUUGUUGAGUAAGUAUACCAGUAAUACUUUGCUGGAGGAGCAGAGUGAGGCCAAGGCCAUGCUUAACAUUCAGCGGUAGCUAUAAUGGUAUGUGUAAACUGUGGAGGCUUGACUUUUGCUAUUUGCACUUGUGAAUCUGCUUUGGCAGUCGAAUGUGACCAUAAUGCUAUCAAUGCAACCUAGACGGUGUGGUUUGAUUUUCUA